UUUUUCUUUCAAAGUGCUUUAGGCUGCAUAAACAUCCACACCCCUACACACAGAUAAAGCCGCAUUCGAUUUGACCAACAGAUCAUUUCCUCUUUGUCUCUCGGCUGAUACACAAUGGUUCAGUUUAAAACUCUGCCUGUGUUUCUCUGUGCCAUGGGUUUUAUCUCAGAGACUCUGUGCUCUUCAUCUUUGGAGGCAGAAGCUGGAGAUAACGUCACUCUUUGGUGCCAACAUGGUCUGACUGAUACAGGUUACAUCUUCUGGUUUAAACACACGUGUGGUUCAGUUCCACUUCGUCUUGGGUGUAAAAAGUUUAGGACAUCAGCUCCAUCAGAAAACUGUUACUUCUUUACUGAAAGUGAGAGAAUAGUGAUGUCUGUUCAUGGCAAGAGCACGUCUCUCACAAUCACUGCAGUAACCGUCUCUGAUACAGGACUGUAUUACUGCAGCUUCAUGAAUCUGGCCGAAAUGUUCUUUAGCAACUCGACCUCUUUACAAGUGAAAGGUGUAAAUAAAACAUUUUCUGAGGAUAAAGCUACAGGUUCGGACUCUUCUGCUGUGUUCUUCAUGCUGAAUGUGGUGUUUGGUGCCGUGAAUCUGAUUCUUCUUGGUGUCCUGAUCUUCAUCAUACUGAAGAACAGAAAAACACACAGAGUUUACCUGAUUUAUUGUUUAUGUCAUCUCUGUGUAUCUUCUUUGUUCCUGCAGAACCCUGACUCGGACUCUGUGAAUUACGCUGCACUACAGUUCUCAAAGAAGAAAACCAAUAGAACCAAGAGACACGAUGAAAAGGUGGAUCCACAUGUUAUAUAUUCUUCAGUCGGACAGAGUAAUGUGUGUACAUGAUGUCAUAUAUCAUUUACUGUUUACUUAAUAUGAAACGGAUGUUUCUAUAGGUCUGUGGUUGGAAGAACUAUAGCAUUUGUAACAUCACAGUUAUGUUACAUAACAUAUAACAUAACAUAAUAUAACAACAUAACACAACAUAAAAUAACAUAACAUAACAUAACAUAAAUAUAAUAUGGGGGAGCAUGGUGGCUUACUGGUUGAGGGUUCGAUUCCUGCCGCGUCCCUGUGUGUGCAUGCUCUCCCCAUGCUUUGGGGAUUUCCUCCGGGUACUCCAGUUUCCUCCCCUAGUCCAAAGACAUGCAUGUGCAUGGUAGUCUGAUUGGCAUGUCCAAAAGUGUCCAUAGUGUAUGAAUGGGUGUGUGAAUGUGUGUGAGAAUGUGCCCUGCGAUGGAGUCCCCCGCCUUGUGCCCCAUGCUCCAUGGGAUAAGCUCCAGAUUCCCCGCGACCCAGUAAGGAUACUGAAAAUGGUACAGAAAAUGCACGAAUGGAUAAUAUAAUAUAAUAUCAUAUCAUAUCAUAUAAUAGCUUCAGGAUUCUGGAUAUUUAAUUUUUUUUUUACUCUAAACUAUGUAUCAAGUCUCUCAGUUUGUUUAUAAAAUGUUCAAGUGUAAAUAGAUACAUGUCUUUAUUUCUUGCUUGUUUCUAAGAAAAUAACUGUUUUGUAGAGGCUCUGACAAUAAAAACU